CGCGCCGGGUGCUCGGCGGGUCAGGCUGCCCCGACCCGGCGCCAUGUCCCGGAACCUGCGCACCGCCUUUAUUUUCGGCGGCUUCGUCUCCCUGAUCGGCGCCGCCUUCUACCCCAUCUACUUCCGGCCCCUAAUGAUGCGGGAGGAGUACCGAUUAAAAGUGUGGUCUGAUCCGUUUGGCAGGAAGUGAGAAGGCAAUCACCAGCUCUGAUUAUGAAAGUAGACAUCCUCAUGCUUUGGAUUCUGCAGCAAGUACAAUAAGUCACCUCGCUAUGGAAUGACGGCUGGAGAAGAAAACUCUGUAAAUAAGAGUACUGCCCACAAGGAUUCAUAUUUCCCUUCCUAAGUCUCCACAGAGCCCUGGAACAAAUCACACGAUUAGGAAGGUUUUCAUGAUUCCGUUUACUUUCUAAAAAUGCUGCUCUCUCACCCAGCUGUGUUUGGAGGAGACCUACUUGUUAUUCAGCCUUUACUACUUACCCAGCGGAGCUGUGAUAUGAAUACAGGCAGCCUGCAGACUUGGGAAGAUCCAAGUCUGUUUUGCCAUCUUUCAAAUAGGAAAUUUCAGUGAAAAACCACCAUGCUGAGCAGCCUCAUAGGGCUCUUUGAAAUUGUUAAACUUGAUAAAACUCUUUGAGGACAAAGUAUCUCAUACUUUUUAAGAAUAAACAAUUCAGCUUGACUAUCUUGUUGAAGAUUGCUGCACGUUGGAAAUAGAUAUGAAGCAAAUCAAGCUAAGGAGGGGGGUGGUAAGCAUUCGGAGUAGAGAUCAUGCUGGAUUAACAAGUCAUAAUGUAUAGAUUAAAAUGAUUUCUUUUUCCUUUACAAUGGGGUGUAAGGUUUCUUUUGUAAAUCCUUUUUCAUGAGCUCAUAAAUUGUACCAAGAAGUCUGUCUGACUGGAUUAUAUUUGUCUAGUCGAUGUGCGUGUGAUGGUUGUCAGUUUGUAUGCAAAUAAAAAACGUAAAGGUAAAUAGCAAACUGGUCGAGACCAGUGUUUACUGGAUGCUGAUUCCCUAGUGGGAAGCUCACCACCUGUGCAGAGAUGCAUGUGAGAAUACUUUAUUCCUCCAGAAUAUAUACUUUCCAAGAGACAUCUUCAUUUUUAGCUCUCCCAAGUGCCUUGACAUUACUGUGGGCUCUCUGUAGAUGAACUUCCUGAUGACAUUUUAUUAUUGUGAACCGGGGAAUUUGUUUAACAUACAACUGGCCCAAUUAUGUAAUUACUGUCCAAAAGAAACAAGAUUGAUAGUUGCAAAACCAAAGUCAUCACGUUUGGUUGGCAUCCCCUAACAUUUAGUUGACUUAGCAUUAACUACCCAAUAAAAGAAAGUUGACUCAUUUGGGGUACAUUUGACCACAGUUUUCCUUGGAGGGGACAACAGGAAGCUGUGUAACUUAAAGUCUAACGUUCUAUGGGGGCAUAAUUGAGAUUUCUUUAGGACUGAGGCAAUCAUGGGGACCAUCUGCCUUGGAAGAUGUCCAGGCAAAGAAAAUGACCAUGUCUGUUGUAAUGGAGAACUCUGGGACCUCGAUUGCCUGUCUGUUGGGUGGAAUGGACUUGGUUUUUCUUCCUGAGUGAACUGGCUUUGACCCUGCCCGUGGUCCACCUCUUGGUUGAGAUAAGAGCACUGUCUGUCUUGUUCAACUGUGUUCAUGUUUAUAAAAGAAUCACUUUUCUUGCUGCCAGAGGAGUAACAGCAGAGUCUGCCCAAUCAUGACAAAAGCCCGGUUGUGAGCUGCUGAGAAUGAGGAGGGAGGGCUGGCCCACUUGUGCCCGAGUGCCCCUGGGUGAUCGUGAAGGAGCUGCAUAGGGGGUCUCAGUGAAAUGCAUUUAGGAAACAGUGAAAGUUAAUUGGUCUAUUGCUUCUGAUUUGUGAUUUCCAAGAGAAGCAUAACAUCUCCCAAAUGUAUUGGCUCACAGAACAUUUUUCCCUGACUCUCUUCUAGAACUAGUCACCAGCAGCUUCCUGUGGGGAAACCUUCCUCUAGACUAGUACUCUAAUUUUUUUGGUGUCAGGACCAUUUUUCACUCUUCAAAAAUGUUUAAGAACUCCAGAGUGUUUCUUCUGCAAAUUAAUGCCUGGUUUAAUAAAAGCUAGAUAAUCAUAUCAAGCUUGUGCUUUCAACCUGUUCCUAUUUCACAGAUCCUGUGGCCUCGGGAAAAUUCCACUGUACACACCAUAAUAAGAUGAGCGUAAAAAAGACAAAAAAGCUUCAG